CAAUCAAAUAACCGAAUCUGUUGGAAUUGCUUCGGAAUCGCAGAACUUUCUUCCUCUGACAUCAAAAGUCCCACUGGGUGUAAGACUGAACAACGCGUAUUAUUAUACUUGCGCAUGAUAUCCAACGAGCGGUGAACGUCUAUAUAUUUCCCCCAGAGACCAGUUUUAAUCAGCUCCAAAUGAGUCAGUCGAAACACGCAGGCUCAACCACAAUGAGUGACAGCAAACCAGAGCUUGCGCUUGUUGUCCCUUUAAAAAUCUGAAUCCAAGGCUAAUAAUUUAUCAAACUCUUAUUAUCUAGAAAAUGUCACGCGAAGGGCACCUUGCUAUGCACUGACGCAAACCCAAUCUUUCCCACGGAGGUAUAGAAAGCAUUGCUCUUACCGCAGCUAAAUUCAUUCGGUCUGCAGUCUUUACUGCUGUUUUACGCCUUCCUGCUACAACAGGCAUGGAUAUUUCCGAGCAGAGGGAGAUGGCCAAGCAGCCGGUGAACAAUCCAGUCAGUUUUAACCCGUCAACCCAGCAUGAAGGAACCGAUGGAGUUACAGCAAACAAACCGGAGAAUGUCCAACACCAACCUUCCGACAUGCAGCCGGCGCUGCCGCCGAAUCCAAUCAACGAAAGAAAAACUUUUUGUCCUGUGGAAAAUAAGCAAGGAGAGGCAGAGGUCAACAAAGCGUAUGGGACGUUUAAAAACCCGGCCCCUGUGCCGGUUCCCAUUAAUUCUGCACUCUGCAAGGAUUCCACCGGAAGUGCGCUGCCUCGAACGGAUGGUUCUACAACUGUUCAUAGCACAUUAAUGUCUCACUGCACAGACGGGUUGUCUAAUCAAAGUGUCACAAGGAGCGCAGUGGAACAAAACAACGCCACGGGCAACUGGACUUCCGUGAGCCAGACCACAGUUAUACUCGGGACAGAUGGUAACACUUCUGUCUUGCCUGGCACAGCGACCGAGGAUGACGAUGACGACCAAGGAGAUGAGAACAAAGCUAGGGGAAAUUGGUCAAAUAAAAUGGAUUUCAUUCUCUCCAUGGUUGGGUAUGCAGUCGGUUUGGGUAACGUGUGGAGAUUUCCAUACCUUGCCUUCCAAAAUGGAGGAGGUGCUUUUUUGAUACCAUACCUGAUAAUGUUGUGCCUCGCGGGAAUUCCUAUAUUUUUAAUGGAAGUAUCUCUGGGCCAGUUCGCCAGCCAGGGCCCCGUAUCUGUAUGGAAAGCUAUACCGGCUUUGCAAGGUUGCGGGAUUGCCAUGUUGAUUAUAUCUGUCUUAAUAGCCAUAUACUAUAAUAUUAUUAUGUGCUGGACAUUGUACUACCUGUUCGCUUCGUUGAAGGGCUCACUCCCAUGGGCUAACUGUAAGAAUUCGUGGAACACCAUGGACUGUAAGGACAAAGAUAUGCUUCUUUUAGACUCUUGUAUACUACGGGACAGGAACAUAACUUCGGUUAAGAACACAACCUUCUGUUUGACGGCUAAUGCGGUUGGGAAUCUAAGCAAACUCGCCAAUCUUACAUCAGAAAACAAAACCUAUGUCAGCCCCAGUGAAGAGUAUUUCAAGUACAACGUGCUGCACAUUUCUAAAGGAAUCGAGUACCCGGGAGAUAUUCGCUGGCCUUUGGCCCUCUGUCUGUUGUUGGCCUGGAUAAUUGUCUAUGCAUCUCUAGCAAAAGGAAUAAAGUCAUCGGGGAAGGUGGUGUACUUCACAGCCACUUUCCCCUACGUAGUGCUGAUCAUUCUCCUGAUCAGGGGGGUCACCCUGCCUGGGGCUGGUUCUGGCAUCCUCUACUUUAUAACACCAAAGUGGGAGAAACUGAAUGAUGCUAAGGUGUGGAAGGAUGCUGCUACUCAAAUUUUCUUCUCACUGUCUGCAGCCUGGGGUGGACUCAUCACUCUGUCUUCCUACAACAAGUUUCACAAUAACUGUUACAGAGAUACAAUAAUAGUGACAUGCACGAACAGUGCCACCAGCAUAUUCGCAGGGUUUGUCAUCUUCUCUGUGAUUGGUUUCAUGGCCCACGAGCUGAAGGUGCCCAUUGAGAAGGUUGCUGAUGAAGGUCCAGGCAUUGCCUUUGUGGUGUACCCUGAGGCCCUGACCAGGCUGCCCCUCUCUCCCUUCUGGGCCAUCAUCUUCUUCCUCAUGCUGCUGACUCUGGGGCUGGAUACCAUGUUUGCUACCAUAGAGACCAUUGUGACAUCGGUAUCGGACGAGUUCCCCAAAUACCUGCGCAAGCACAAACCCAUCUUCACCUUGGUGUGCUGCAUCAGCUUCUUCGUGCUGGGCUUCCCCAUGAUCAUCGAGAGUGGGAUGUACAUGCUGCAGUUGGUGGAUACAUUUGCAGCCUCCUAUUCUCUUGUCAUCAUCGCCAUCUUUGAACUGGUGGGGGUGUCAUACAUCUAUGGUUUGCAGAGAUUCUGUGAAGACAUUGAAAUGAUGAUUGGAUUCCAGCCAAACAAGUUCUGGAGAGUCUGCUGGGCCUUUGUAACCCCUACUAUUCUCACAUUCAUCCUGGGCUUGAGUUUGUACCAGUGGAAGGUGAUGACCUAUGAGGAUUAUACGUACCCCACCUGGUCCAUGGUUCUGGGCUGGCUAAUGGUCAUCUGUUCAGUCAUCUGGAUUCCCAUCAUGUUUGUGAUCAAAAUGCACCUGGCGCCCGGUACCUUCAUCGAGCGCUUAAAGCUGGUGUGCUCCCCUCAGCCUGAUUGGGGCCCCUUCCUGAUGAAGCACCGUGGCGAACGCUACAAGAACAUGAUCGACCCCCUGGGCACAAACUCGCUGGGGCUCAAGCUACCGCCCAAGGAUUUCGAGCUGGGAUCCCAGUACCAGUAGCGACUGCAGGGGGCUAUGGGUGGAAAUAAGGCACGUCUCCCCACUCCUCCCUCUCUCAUUCCCCCUCUCCCACGCUUACUCCUUUCUUCUCUUCCAGGUUCCUGAGUGGAGUAAGUGACCCAGGUGGAACCUUUCCUUUUUCCCCUGUGAAUGCAGUGUUUUUUUUUUUUCCCUCAUAGACUCAUAGACAACCAACUAAUGAAUGCAAAGCCCUUUCAAAGAGGUUGUUCCAAAAUUAAAAUCAUCUUGUAAAGCAAUUUGUCUCCUAGGGAAUACUGGGCCAUGCAGGGCUUCUCCUGACAGAUGUGUUUUCCAUGGAUUCCUGUACUUUAAUGAUAAUAAAGCAGAUGACACAGGCACAGAAUGCGAGCAUCUGUGACCCAUUAAAAUAAAUUCAUGGACAACAAAACAUUAGCAUUUAUCAAGACCAAAUGACUGGUCAUAGCAUCUAUUAAAUUUAUACUUCUGCUAUGAAAUCGCAAUAUUGGUCCCAUAAACUGGCACAUUUUCAUCAUCUUUAUGCCAGUAGUUGGACUUGAUUGAUCAUGUGUGUAAUUACAUAUCAUAUAUACAGUAUUUCCCCCUGUAAGCAUUUAACCUAUUUACCAACUUUAAUGUUAUCAACAUUUAUUGUAAGAAAUAUGUCAUUUGUGCCUACUUCUAUAUCCUUAAUAUCCUCUGAAUAUGGUUUUGCAUAAUGCUGGCUGUUCACUAUGUUCUAAAUAGAAAAAUGUUACUCUUCUAUAGUUCUGUGUUGUAGAGUCUAGGCUUACUGUUCUCUCUUGGCUCAAGAGUUGAUUAAAUGUUCCCUAGCUCUUCCUCUAUAUAUGGAAUUUAAUACAUAUUCUCUCUUAUACUUACUCAAAGCAAAGCACAUGAGUAGUUUAGAGCACAUCCGUGUUGCUCCAUCUUGUGUCUUUCAUACUGUACAUCAGUAUGCUUUUCAUCUUAUCAUACUGUAAGGACAAACACAAGUCACAGUGUGAAAUUGCACUAGUACUUCGCUACUUUUAUAAAUAUACUCAAUGGCCAUAUAUGUGUGCAUAAAAUUAUAUAGACUAUUUACUGCUAUAAUGUUGUGGUCUCUUUAUGGCACUUGUGGGUCAUCUCCCUUUUCAUAUAUCUAGUUUCAGUAGGCUUAAAUAUUAAGAGAGAAUGUGUAUGACUGUAUUGUUGUAUCUUGUGCAAAUGGGAACACUUUUUAAAAUGGUGGUCUUUGUGUCCAUGUUGUGAGCGCUAGUGUUGUCAUGUCCCAAUGAGUAUUAUGAACAGUGGCUAGAGGGUGAGAAUAGUUUUGGAAGAACAACUUUCAUUUUUGGACCUGUGCUUUUAUGGGAUUCCUGUUGUGGAACUCUGGGGACAGUUUUGACAUUUUGUCUGCCUGUCUGCCUGUCUAUCUGUUUUCAUGUGUCAGGGUCUCAGGUAAAACUGACUUCAUCAGCCACAUUUUGUUGAUGCUAUGUACGUUAGCAUCCAGAAAAUUAAAUGUAGUGGUUUUAUAUUUCUUGCCAUGUCGCUUUGAGACAUUUUGAAGGGAGUAAAUACUUCCUGGACAAAAUUGGCAUUGUAGACAAAUGGCUUAAUGUAAUUUGUUCAGCUUUUGAAAUUAAGACUGUCCUCUUUUAACUUGUGCCUAAUUUAGCUUUAACCAGGCAUUAUAAAUAUGUGUUUUCCAAGGGACUUUGCCAAAAAGAGGUUGUCUCCAAAUCUUGCAGUGUUUAGAUCAUGAAUAAUUUACAAUAAUUUCAAGGAGUCAAUACAAUCCUUAAAUCCAGAGUGCCACUGCAUCAAGUUGUUACCUUAAUAAGCUUAUUCUCCACCUGGAUGGAUGUAACUUGACUGUGCGUUAUUUAAUUGAGCUCUUAUCUUCCAAUGAAAGUGAACAUUGUUUGAUUUAAAGGCGUUUAACUCCUCAAGCUGGUGAUGGGUGAAUGAACUGUACUGUCAAGGGAGAAAACAUUUCUGAACCUGAUGACUAAAGAGAUUAUGCCAGCAUAUGACCACCAUAUACUGUAAAAAAUAUUAUUCUUAUGGUGAAAUGAAGUGCUAAGUUUAAAAUAGAUGUUUUAAUAAUUGUUUAAAACACAGGGACAAAGCAUAAGACAAAGAAAGGAAUAAGAAAAGAAAAACCAUGUUAUGUAGUGUGUGUAGUGAAAUGUUAUGUUUUGUAAUCAUUUUAUGUAAAUUAUUUCCCUGUGUGCAGUAAAAUAUACCCUGUAGAUUUACAUAUUUCAAAACAUUUCACUCACAUUUCACUGAUGUAGCCAUAUUGAAAUUCUUAUAUAACACGCUUAGAAAAUAUACAUAUACAUACAUUCAGACACAGACACACACACGCACACACACAUACACAUAUGUACACGCAUGCAUGCAAGCACACACAUAUUUACACACAGAUCUAUCCUGAAAAAUGUUAAAUUCUGUGACAGACACAGACAGAUUGCAAUAGAAAUUUAUUUAAUUCAGAAUUAUUUAUUAUCCCUGAAUUAAUUUAUGUGUCAUGUGGUUACUGUGUCCUGUGUGUCCUGUUUCUCUCUGACUUUCUUGACCAGAGCUAUGACUGUAGAACCCACUGCUCUACUCCAUCUGUUCAGUGAAAAUUUCAACAAACACUUUGGCAGUUUUCCAAAACAGAGAAAAAAAAGAAAAAAACUGCAUCAGUCAAUGACAUUAUUCUACAGAAAGUACAAGCAGGAAUACAGUACAGUGCCUGUGAGCAACUGUGUCUCUGGCUGAAAUCAUACUUGUGUUCUCCUUUUUUCCUCCUAAAGUUGUAAAUCACAAGGGAUUUGCUUUCAGAUACAAAAUCAUUAACAAAUUAUUAUAAAACAAGGCAGCAAGCUUGACGUUUUUCAUGUUUCUGUGUUUUUUUGUGAUCCUGUUAGGGCCUUUUUAGGUAUAUGUAUGCUUGUGCCCCUCCUAACUUUCUGCUUUGCAUGCACCUGCUAUGUUGUCAUUGAUGUAGAGUUCCAUGUCACUUCCUCAGAAUACCGGCAUGUGGGGAAAAUCAUUGUUUUUCCUUGUAUUCAAAUUUACAGAAAAAGCAUCAUUUUAUGCCUACAAGUCAACUUUAGGCAGUAGCUAACCAAAGAGGGAGACCUUUAUGAAGGGUUCUGAGAUAAGAAAAUGAAAAAAAUGUAAAAGAAAUAAAAUUAAAAGAAAUAAAAGCAUGUGUAUUUGGGAGACAGAGAUACUGCCAGUUGUUUUCCAUUAGUGUUCAUUGAUAUGAGCCAAUAUGUUACAAUACAUCUUCAGGUAACCAUUGGCCUUAUAGAUGUCUUAUAAUUGCAGAAUAUUAUAUGUAUGUCAAAUUAUAGAUGCAGAGCAAUCUAAAAUCUGCCAUAUAUAUGUAUGUAUGAAUAUAUAUAUAUAUAUAUAUAUAUAUACAUACAUACAUAUACACAAACAUAUGUAUACAAUAUAUAUAAAAUAUCUUAUGUAGUGUAUGUUGUGUCUUUUUGGCACUUUAUUGUGGACCUAUCACUGUAUAGGUUAAAUUUCUAAUUACUUGCGUAAUGUCAUAUAUUUUGGUGUGUUCUAUGUGGGGUACUGCUGCCUAUGGAUAUAGAUAUGUACCUCCGUCAGACCGUGACAUCUAUUGGAUUGCCAUACAAAUAGAGUACAAAUAUAAAAUUAUGAUGUUUUGAAUCUUGUGCUAGAAGAGAAAA